AUGGACAUCAAUGCACUCCUGUCGCCAGAUGACAGCCAGCGAGCAUCAGCGAGCGAUUCGCCCACCUCUUCGCCUCAGAAACGGACUUCGAAACCACGAGCUGAGCGACCGAGUGGCAAACGGACUGGCUCAGGCCUCAGCCAGGAAAUCACGAGGUCGCCAGAGAGAAUCACUGCUCGCCCUUCACCAGGCGCAAACGCAGUACAUAGCGUACGGGGCACGCCAUCGCAUCCGCACCAUCAGCAGGCAUUCAAUGUGCAAUCUGGAACGAUAGCAGCAUCGAAUUUUCGACCUUCACCGCCAACCAGCGCACCACAUCCGGAGCAGCAAGGAGCAUAUGGGCAUGCGCCGCCGCACCAGCAACAUCAGAGACCAGCAGUGGUGCAUCGACCUUCGUCAACUCCGCAGAUGGAAACAUUAGCAGAUCUUGCUUCCAUGCAGAGGCAACAAACAACGCGCGCCCACUCCGCCAACAACGUCAACGUCCGUGGUAACAACAAGCGCUCGCCGAUCAACACACCGGUACAUAACAUUGCGGCACCGCCGAUUGCGAGGAGCAUAUCGCGGCAAUCUUUGGCUGAUCUCACCAUGGCAGAGGCACCGUCGCAGACGCCACCACCUCGCGACUUCACGUCGCACGCGCUUUCUGACGAGGAAUCAAAGACAGUCACUGAACUGCUCAACUUCCUGGCUGAGAACUCUUACGCAUACGAUCAGCAUGUGCAGCUGAUAAACCUUCUACACAAAGGCUUUGUUGCCCAUACACAAUCUGGCGAUCCCCGCAGCUAUGCCCUGCUUAAUGAGCUCCGACAGGCUCGCGAGGCCAUGGACACACGCUUCGCUGUUGGAGAAGCCAUCUGGAAAGACUGGCUUGCAGAUGAAGCCAUGCUCGCAAGGGAUAGUGGUGAACGGAUUGGCCUCAUAGAACUCUUCGAUCGAGCUGUACAGGACGAGCCAGCAUCAGUUGACAUCUGGCAAGCAUACGCGGACUGGGUUCAGACUAAUUAUACAGCAUGCUAUAAUCUCGAAGGCGCAGAUCUGAGCAAAUGGACCCAGGAAGACCUAGAGAUGUGCAAGGAACUGUUCAACAAGGAUCUUCUGAAGACAGUACUGGAGCGCGCCAUCGAACCUACACGAUGGCGGAUUGACAAGAGCCACUUUGUUUGGCACCGACACGCGCAGCUUUCUGGACAAGAUAUUCCUGAGCGGCCAUCGGAAGAGGACAUUAGACGCAUUCACGGCAUGUUUAUUGAGCGUCUCAAGACACCGCACGGCGCGCGAGAGGAGACCAUGCAGGAUUAUUGGCCUUUCAUCUCAAAAUUCGAAGGCAGCAAUUGGGAGGCAGCGGUCGCUCAAGUCAACCAAAUGGCAGAGCCUGCGAAGAUUGCUUAUGGACUGCGCGAAGAACACGAAUUCAAAUUGCAACGCGCCGUCGAGAAUAGCGAUGCCGAUGCCAUCAGGAAGGCGAUGGACAAGUAUUUAAAAUCGGAGAGGUAUGCUCACAAGAAGCCCGGACCAUUUGAUUAUGAUUUGCGCUGUGCGUUGUACGAGCGAGCACUGCUGCAAUUCCCUACAGCCACGGACUGGUGGCUAGAUUACGUGGAUUUCAUUCUUACACACUCAUCCAAUGACUCGAGAUCACUCCUGCCGGUGAUAGAGCGAGCAACGCGUCACUGCCCUUGGUCCGGUGAUUUAUGGGCGAGACGAAUCCUGCGCGCGGAUGUGGAACAAAAGUCACGAGAAGAGAUUGAGAAUACCAAACAUCGCGCAACGAACGGCGGCCUACUUGAUGUUGGUGGCAUGGAGGAACUGGUGAAGAUGCUACAACAAUGGUGCAGCUACCUACGACGACACGCAUUUCAGCCUACUAGUACCGAGGACGACGUUGAUACAGCAGAAGUGGGUAUUACUAUGGCACUGGAGGACGUACAGCAAGCCGGAACAAAGAUUUACGGCAAUGGCUUCCAAGGCGAUCCACUCUUCCGUUUGGAGCAAGUGCAGAUCAAGUUCUACACCCAGGCACGUCGAUUCAACGAUGCUCGCAACAUCUAUCGCCAGCUUUCGAAAAAGCAUGGCAACUCAUACGACUUUUGGGCAAAGCACUACAACUGGGAGCUGUGGUUUUGGGGAUACGACCGCAUCAACGAUGCUAGGCGUGUUGAGACUGCUGACAAUGGGCCUGACCUUGCUUCAGCCGUCUGUAGAGAAGCCCUGCGCCAGCGUAACAUGGACUGGCCGGACAAGAUGCUGGAAAUGUACCUUUACCACUUCCAACAGCAUGAGUCAGGAGCCAAGCUACAAAGUGCGCUCGCUGAUGCUCGGGAAUAUGCUAACCGUCUGGCUGCGAAACGAGCAAGAGAAGCCGAAGAGGCCGCUGCACUGGCUGUAUCCCAGCAAGAAGAGCUUGCAACAGCUGUCCAGCAGGAGACUGCUGCGCACGGCGGCGAGAAGCGGAAGAGAGAUGAUGAGCUGCAGGUCAAUGGCGAUGUCAACAAGCGGCCGAAGACUGCCGAGACAACCACGAAAGAAGAUGUGGCAAAGACCGAGCCAUCUGCUUCUGCGAGCGCACAGGUCAAGCGUGACAGAGAGAAUAAUACGAUUACGCUCCGUAACUUGCCUGCGGACGUAGAGGAAGUCGACAUCAAAAAGUUCUUUCGCGACUGUGGCAACCCGCCCUCCAUCAAUGUUCUUCGCGAGAAGGAUACAGCAUCCGCCACAGUCGAGUUCGAAUCAGAAGAAGACGUGCUUGCAGCCAAGACUAGAAAUGGUAAGGAGCUGAACGGCCACGAAGUGCGCAUCUCGAGCGGCUCGCAAAGCACGCUCUACGUUACCAAUUACCCAGAAGCGUAUGACGAGAAUUCGAUCCGAGGCUUGUUCGAGAGCUACGGCGAGAUUGUCAGCAUUCGUCUGCCAUCAUUGAAGUUCAACAGUCGACGUCGUUUCUGCUACGUCCAGUUCCUGACUGCCGAGGACGCGAAAGCUGCUGAAGCGGCCAUGGAUGGCAAGAAACUUGACGGUCUCCAUACCCUUCUCGCACAGAUCUCAAACCCUGAUGCUGCGAAGCAGCGCGGCGGCGCUAAAGUGGAAGGGCGUGAGGUCUUCGCCAAGAACAUCGACCGGGAGCAAGGUGAAGAAAGGAUCAAGGAACAUUUCGCACAAUACGGCACACUGGAGAAGGUCCAUCUUUUGCGCAAGCCCAAUGACGAACUGAGUGGAAUCGGAUUCUUCGUCUAUACAUCCGCCGACGAGGCAAGUGCCGCCGUUGCUGGCAUCAACAACAAGCCAUUCGCAGACCGCAUUGUGCACGCCGAGCUCUCGAACACGAAAGGCCGAGCUGCGCCAACGGAUCGUGCGCACAAGGAAGAUAUCAUAGUCAAGAGACCGGGAGUCAUCUCCGCAUCGCCAGAGCCAUCUGGCAGACGUGGAUCAGACACAUCCAUGCCUGUUGCAAAGCCUGUUGCAAAGCCAGAGUAUACCGGCGACUCGAAGGCAAGGAAGGUCGCUAUCUUCAACGUACCUGACACCGUCAACGAUGCUCGCAUCCGAACAACUCUUGAGAAGUAUGGCCCGAUCGUGAAGAUCCAGCUUCGACGUGACAAGGCAGGCGCGAUUGUCGAAUAUGAGAACGUCAAGGACGCUUUCAACGUUCACCAGGGUGUUGAUGUAACGAGUCUAGGACCAGAAGCCAAGACCGGCGAUGUGGGAGACCUGCUGGCACUUGGCAAGGUGAAGAAGCAGCCAGCUACGGCUAAUGGGUCAUCGGACGCGCCAACGCGUAACGCUUCACUGGCUUUCGUACCUUCUGCGGCGUCGCGUGGCCGUGGCGGUGGUCAGAGAGGCGGUGUUGGCGGGAGACGGGGUGGAUUAGGCUUCAAGAGAGGUGGUGGCGCGCCUCCGACAGCCCCUCCAGCACCGUCAGGGGGCGGAGGUACGAAGAGCAACAGCGACUUCCGGAGCAUGUUGGAGGCUAGUAAGAAGGAUAAGGAAGCGGCGCAAAAGGACCAUGAGUAG